AUGUCAGUCUUCGAAAUAUCUCUUCAAAUCAAAUUUUGGAGUCCGGUUAUCUUUUUUUCAAUCGGAGCUCCAGCUGCACUUCUCAAUGCAAUCAUAUUCAUGGGUAUAAAAACAUUUCGUCGAUCUCCAUCGGCUUAUUAUGUAGUAGGACAAUCAUUUGCUGAUGUCAAUGUAUUGUUAUUCCUACUUCUUCAAGUUAUUCCAUCUACAUCAAUAUCAUUAUCAUCGAUUUCUUGUAAAUUAAUGAUCUUUUUUACACAAAUGAUGACGUCUGUUGCAAUGAGUUUUCUUUGUUUGUCUGCAUUUGAUCGUUGGGCAUGUACAUCUCAAUCAGCUCGAAUACGUCAAUUGAGUUCAAUUCGAGUAGCUCGUUUUUUCUUUCCUAUUCCAUUUAUUUUUUGGACACUUGUCAAUAUUCCUUUUCUUAUUUAUUCCGAUCUUGUACCACCUAUGUACACUUGUUGGUUUACAAACGAUCUGUUUACGAGAGUAGGAACUCUUAUUUUGUCUCCAAUCCUUACUGUUCUUCUUCCUCUAGUUGUUUUAAUAUUGUUUGGUUUAUUAACAUAUUGUAAUAUUCGUCUUGUAAGCCAUAUUCGUCAACAACCAAAUCAAAGUCGAAUGUCAACAUGGGAACAACAAAUGACAAGAAUGAUGUUAACUCAAACUCUUUUAAGUAUCAUUUGUACAAUUCCUCGAGCAGUGUAUGUUGCUUAUACGAUUUCUAUAAACGCAGAGGCUACAACGAUGAGUUUUGAGCAAAUAUCUAUUAUACUUCUUGCUGAUUCUUUAACUAUUUCCAUUGUUAGUGUUAAUUUUGCAUCAUCUUUUUAUAUCUUUCUUUUUUCAUCACCACGUUUUCGACAAACAAUUCUAAUGUAUUUGACAUGUCGAUUCCAUUUAAGAAGUAAUCAAAUAGCUCCAGCAAACAUGUUACUGACAGCAACAACACAUACUGAACGACAAACUGCAAGAAAUAUUGUUCAUCCAACUAUUCAAACAGAACGAUUUUGA